AAAUCCUAGGGCACCAUGUCUCUGGCUUCCUUGUUCAAAUGGAACGAGCCACAGAACCGGGUCUCCCAGAGGAACCCCACUGAGAUGGUGCUGGAGACGCUCAUGAUGGAGCUCAGCUGGCAGAUCAAGCAAGCAGAGAAGCAGCAACAUGAGAGGGAAAAUGAAUAUCGCAAAACAAAGACGGGUGUGGACUACGGCUGGCUGGUGAGCUACCCAAAGCAUGCCUAUGACAUCAGCCCCACGGAACGGCUGCAGCUGGAGGACAUGUGCAUCAAGAUCCAUCCACCCUACUGUGGGCCAGUCAUAUUCAGGUUCCGGCAGCUUAUUGCUGAAUAUGAACCAGAGGUGCAUGAAGUCUCCCGGCUCUUCCGCUCGGUCCUGCAGGAAGCCACGGAGAAAAUCAAGGAGGAAGAAGAGGCCAGGAAACUUGCGAGGCAGUGGAACACAAAGCAGAAAAGCAGCAUCUCCCUCAUGUCAUUUAAAUCCCGGGCCAAGAUUUCCCCCUUCAUCAGUAAUAUCAAGACCAUUUCGGAGGAUGUAGAGCGUGGCAGCCAGCCCACCAGAAGAGUGUGGAGCAUGCCAGAAUUUAGGAGUGCCAAGGACUUUUGAUUCUACUAACCGUGAAGUUUUAGACAGUUUUGUUGUGCUGUUUUGUUUUUCUUUCAAGGAUGAAUUAACUAUAUUCCACCCAGGUGUCAUUUCACUUUCAUCCCAGUUUUCUCUCCGUUGGCCUCUCUCUCUCGGAAGCUGUGUCCAUAGUAACUGCUUCUGAUGCACGUAGUCUGUGACACAGUCUGUCACCCAACACACUAGCCUGGGCUAUAAUUUAGUGACUUGCGUCAACUCAUUUCUUAUUUUGGUUCUACUGUGUUCUCCUUGGAAAACAGCUUGUUGCAUGUUACACUCUGCAGCAGGGCUUAGGUCUGUGUACAGGUGAAUCAGCCUCAUCCCAUGGGCCUUGCUCAAAUGGGUAAAUGCCUGAAGCCAGUGGGGCUACUUCCAUGAGGAACGUUUGUGGGAUUAGGCCUUUUAAAACUAGGGCUGGCCCCUGAUUCAGCCGUCUGGAACCACGAUUAAACCCUUGGCCUCCUUAAUGCCAGGGAACUCUUUUUACAUUUUAAACCAGCAUUGAUUCUGGUUCAAGUUGUUAUAAAAUCACCUCUCCCUGCAUAGGAGAUAGAUAGUAAAUGCUUUGGAUGUGGACAGACACAUUUUCCAUAGCAGCCAAGUGGGGUCCAUAAUUAAGCAUGCUCAUAUUUUUUUUUUUUUUGCAUUCACAGCCCCUCAAAUUUGCAUAUGCAAGUGACUCAGAGCUCUGACUACCUACUAUGUGAACAAGGAUGCUGUGCAUCUGUGCAAGUACAGCUCGGGCAGAAGUAUGCACUGCACCUGUACACAUACCUGCAUGGAUGCAUAUGAGGCACCUUUAGAACUCUGAGUCUUAUUCCUUAAUUUUUCACUUUUGUUGCAAAAAGAGAAGAGGUUACAUACCAAAUUCUACACCCCUCUGGGGUCAAAAUUGUCUCAUGUUGAGAGCUCUAAGCAAUGCCAAUAAGUGCUUCAUCUCACAUUCCAUUGAGGAGCAGAUGAACUGAAAUAGAUGUUCAUGGCUGAAUUUGAAAGCAGAUUAUGGGGAAUGUCUCUGUCAGAAAAGUCACUUUUUGUAUAUAGGGAUCUUUCUAUGUUCCAAAUGGUUAGCGGUCAUUCUAACAAACUGCUGCUAUGAUGUUUUGAAGGCAGAAUGAAAGCUUAUUGCCUAAUGUUUGCUCACAGAUACACAGAGGAGAGUGGUAGGUAAUGAUGUGAUGAACAUUUUUCAUGGGAAAAUAAUGAUUUAUGCAAAUUACACAGCCUGUAUAAAGCAGUGGUUCUGAAACUGGGCCUUAGAAGAAGCAGGAACAUAUUACUGAAGAUGACAGGGUCAACACAGUUGCUGGCCCAGUCUCCCCUACCCCACCCAGGGCAAUGUGCCAUGCU